AUGAAAAUUACCAAUCCCAUCCUCAUCUCGGACGAAGACAAGUCCGAGUCGACACUGGCAGGGAACCAAAAGACUGGAAUUAUGCACUGUCUGCAGACUGGGCGACCAUCAAACCCGUCUGGUACCCAUCAAUCGCCUAUCAACAUUGCCCUAACGGAACUAUCCCAAUUUCACAAACCCAACUUCGAAGGGUACACAAACACCGCUAUUCCGGGCAACUUCUUCAACUGGGAGUUUGCACCAGCCUGGACACCUCAUCAUCCAGAGGAAGAGGUCACCGGCCUCCCCAGCUUGAAGUUUGACGAUCAAGAGGUCUUCAUGAUUGGAUGGCACAUUCACGCCCCAUCGGAGCACCUCAUUGGCGGCAAGCGAAGCCGCGCAGAGAUUCAUCUCGUUCAUGUCACCGAGGACGACCACGAAGCCGCCGUCGUUGGCAUUCGGGUGGGAGUGGGUCACACGGAAUCUGCAUUCAUCAAGCAGCUGGGCCCAAUGAUCCAUUUCAACGACACAGCGCAACUCGAAGGCUUGCCCGUCAAUAUGCGUCUCGCUAUCGAUGAGGUCGGAGGUGUCGAGGAGUUUUGGACCUACAAGGGCAGCUUAACCACCCCACCUUGUAGCGAGGGUUUGCGAUGGUUCAUCCCUAAGCAGGAGCUGCUUGUCAGUGAGCAGCAGAUGGUCGAGAUCCUUGCUGCCAGUCGGUUCUCCCACCGAGUCGAGCAACAGGUCUGGCUUCACGAUGUUAACCUGUAA